AGGACUUCCCUACCGGUCUUGAAUUCUGCGUACCACGUUCGAUUAUCUUGGGGGUUGCAGCUCAGGCUGGCCGGAGUCUGCAAGGACUUGUACAGCCCCUCGGUGCUCGGCCUCCAAUUCAUGGUCGCCUUGAAGCUCGCUUCAACAUGACGAAAUCGGAAAUUCUGUUCGAUAACGUGAAGCCAGGCACUGUGUGCCCUCUCAAGAAGGGCGAUUGGAUCGCUCUCGAGCUUCCAGACGAAGCGGGUAGUCCUUUGUACCAUUGCAGAGUGGCAAACCCUGACCUCUUCCCAUCCAUCGAGAUUGGCCCUCUAAUUGGGCAGCCCGUUUCGAAGGAGCUCAGUACUACACCAAAGUGGUCUACCGCAUUUAUCGACCAGUACUCCGUCGAAUUUGACGAGCUGUCGGAGGCCGAGAAGCGCGGUGCGGUGUAUCGUCUUCUUGCUCUUCUUCCAUCUGUCAAGGAGAUGAACGCCUACCUUGCGAAGCAAAACACUCCGGACUUGGCUCGCUGGGUCGACAGAAUCUCUCCGGCUGCGUUUGCCGUCCUGCGAUGGACUCUCGCAUCCAACCGCUCUUGUAUCAUGGCAGUUGACGAACCUGAGAAGGCUGUUCACGGUAUGCCUGCAUACAUGCAGUUCCGCUUCGCCAUGGGGGCGCCCGACAAAGAGCACCGCUUCAAGACCGCUGUCAAGAAAACCGCAAAUCGUCUGGAUUCCAAGUACCCGACUCUCUAUGCCUGGCACGGUAGCUCAAUUCAGAAUUGGCACAGUAUCAUACGUGAAGGCCUCCACUUUAGCGAUGUCGUCAACGGCCGUGCCUUUGGUAAUGGCGUCUACCACGCACCGAAUGCCGCUACCUCGAUGGGCUACUCUGGGAUGGGCCCUUACGGUUAUGGAAAUAACUCAGUUUCUUUCAUAUGGCCGAACUCAGACCUACAGAUCUCUUCAGCCAUCGCACUCAAUGAGAUCGUCAAUGCACCCGCCGAGUAUGUCUCAUCGACCCCUCACUAUGUGGUCGCUCAAUUGGAUUGGAUACAAACACGUUAUCUGUUCGUCAAGUGUAAGCCUGCAGAUGCCGGUGCAGAGCAGCCAAUUCCUGCGUUUGACAAGCCGCCUACCAGCAAGCUCGAGCAGGAUCCUGCUCGUGUUCCAAUUGGCGCUGCCAACACUCCAAUCAUAAUUCCAAACCUGAGCCCCAAGCCAGAGAAAGGCAAACGCAAGCUGGCCAAUACCGUGUCUCCAGGCCCAAAGAAGACCAAGAGGGCUAAAAAGCAGAACUGGUUCAUGGGCAAGAUCGCACCAACACGGAAGGUUGUAGACUUGACAGGCGAUGACGACAAUGGGGACGUGGAUGAGACCCGUUUUGAGGACAGCGAUCUGAGCGACGCCUCGAGCACAGUCACAGACGACGAAGACCGCGAGAUCUUCAUGGAGCCUCAGUCUCAGCAGCUGGCUGUUAGAACGGGCCCGUCACCGAUCGAAUUCGUGCCGGGCUCGCUGGACCACGACAAACUCUCCAAGCUACCAAAGCCUUCCUACGCGAACCCCAUGGCAACCAGAAGGCUGCUUCAAGAUCUAAAUGUUCUGCUCGCCGUUCAAGAGCACACCCCUCUUCGCGAGCUGGGUUGGUACAUCGACCCUGAAAAGAUCGGCAACAUGUAUCAGUGGAUUGUAGAACUCCACUCCUUCGAUAUGUUCAAUGAAGGAGAUGAGGAGCUACCUUUGGUUACCGACAUGAAGAAGCACAAUGUCAAGAGCAUCGUCCUUGAGCUGCGCUUCCCCGGUUCUUACCCCAUCAACCCACCUUUCAUCAGAGUCAUCCGCCCCCGCUUCCUUCCCUUCGCAAACGGCGGCGGAGGCCAUGUCACUGCCGGAGGCGCCAUCUGCCAUGCGCUCCUGACUUCGGAUGGCUGGCUGCCCACCAACACAAUCGAGUCUGUACUACUGCAGAUCCGUAUGGCUAUGGCCUCGAUCGACCCUGCGCCAGCUCGUCUGCAGCUCAGAGGCACCUACGCCGAGGGUGACCAAAACUCAUACGGCUCCGGAGAGGCCGUAGAUGCGUACAGACGUGCUUGCAAAAUGCACGGCUGGACUAUUCCUGUCGACUUCGACCAAACUGUUGCUGAACAGUGAUGCAUUCCUGCAAAAUUCACGGGCAUGCAGCAUUACAGGCGUUAUCGGGGUUACUUCAUAGCAUUUUUCAGGUACAAGCAUACAUAGCUAGGCGUUUUACAAGAGGAUGGGAAACAGACUUAACGUAUAUACCAUAGAAUGACUGCAAUGACACAAUAAUACCC